AUGCCAGCCACAGUGACUGUCGCACCUCAUGGUGCUAAUCAGUUUAUGUCUUCCAACUCCAUCAACAAUCCAACAGAACUAUUAAAGAAGUCAUGCUUUACAGAAUUCAAGAAGUUGAAGGACAACCAUAUCUUGCAGACUUCAUUUGACGAGCUAUUGAACGAGAAUAAAAUUUAUUCUCAUUCAAAUGGUUUCAUCGACGGCGCCUUAAGAGCUCACAAUAACCAUCACCAUCUCAUCAUCCGUCCAGAUGAUGUUUGGCUGAGCACUCUUACACAGUUCAGCGCUUAUGUCAAUAAACAUGCAGAGAGCCUUAGAAAUAUGUUUGUUCCUAAUCAAGGAGACAGUGAGCUGUUUGUUGAGAUAAGCGGAAGUAAGUACUUGGAUCUCUCUGAGAAUAUUGGAAGAUGACUAAUAUACGAUUCGACUAUAGUUCAAGGAGCGGGCUAUCUAGGCGUAGACUGGGAAAAGUUUGCUUUGCUCAUGACAGAGCGAAUUAGCGACAACAUCAAAGACCCCUAUCUAAAGGCUUGGAUUCUCCCCGCAUUUACCACGACCAACGAAACCGAUCGUCUCGUCGCCUCGAUUGCCAUGAUGGCUACCCCUCAAGAAAAGGCUGAGAGAAACACAGCAGACCUUUUAUGUGGAUUGCCCUCGGUCACACUACUUGGAGAGAAGGAAGAUUGGGAGAAACUUAUGACGAAGGCGGAGCGACUUAUUGCCGUCGGUGAUGAACCUAAAGAACGGUUUGAGCUGCUACGACCAGUUCUUUCUAGAUUCGUUUCCACAUUUGACAAUCCUACCUCAUCUGAAACUACGGAAUUCUGGCGAAAGAUUUCACAUUAUGAAAAUGAUGGAUCUGCAACUACACACUUACAUGUAGGUUUAUCACCACUUCACUUCAACCUAGAACCGCAGGUAAACUUACAAAUCUUUGGGAUGGCUCACAUGUUUUUGCUUCUGGAGCAACGACGGUUGCAAGCUGUAUCGCGAACAUUCGACCAAGGGACUUGGACUUGAUGGCGCACAAUACGGAUAUAUUGAUAGUGCUGAUAUUCCCAACGGUUGGUGCUCAGUUCCGGUCAAAAUCGAUAACCAUGGUGUUGUGAUCCAUUCUACCAUGGUUGCUGGCUCAGUUGGUAUCAAGGUAACUAGUAGUGGGAAGGAAUUCCACGAAAAGUCUGGUCAAACCGGUCUAGAUACUGUGUCACCAAUUAGUGGGUGGUGGUUAUUUGAGUCGAAGGUUGAUGGGGAGCUGGAGGAAUAG